GCCAGGGCUUGUUACUUUCCUAAAAACUCAGAGCUUCAUUGAUAUACAUGUUGUGUAAGCUUAAUUAGAGAAAUUGAAAGUGUGGGAGAAAGCAAAAUGUCGUCGCCUUCUCUGGAAGAUCUACUUUCAGAAGAGGGUUUCAAAAGCAGAAAGUCGAAGAUGAAAUCUAGAUUAUCAUUUGGAUCAAAAGCUGUGAGUAUGCCGCUUUAUUUGGAUAAUGACAACAAUCAACUAGGUUCUUCAGCAUCAUCUAAUAAAAAGAAUAACAAAAUCAAAACAGAAAGAACAAGGUCUGAUAUGUCGAGGUAUAGGCCUAGAAGUGAUUACACAAGUAAUCAGGAAAGUAGAACCGCAAAGCCUUUGGACUAUUUAGUAGUUAAAAGUGAAAGAACUAAGGAAAUGAAAGGAAAAGAUAAAGAAAUAGUAGAGAUAUUUGAUGAGAUGGAUUCCUAUAAUGAAAUACAAAGACUAGAGAAUGAGGUUGUUAAUGAACGACGUCGAAGUGAUGUUAGAGAAAGUGAUAGAAUUAAAGAUAAACUUUCUCAUAAGUUGCCAAGGGAGAAUGGGAAAGGGAAGGAGAGGGAAAGAUAUUCAAAUGGUUUUGGAGAAAGGCAAAAAUACAAAGAUAAUAAUAAGUCUAAUAAAAUUCUUAAUGCAGAUAUGGCUUCUAGUGAUUCUUAUGAGAAAAACAUGAAUGCACAUGAAAGUUUAAGGAUUUACAGUAAAUCUAGUAGAGCUUCACAAAAUGGAAAAACUCUUGAAAAGGUUUGGAGCGGAAAGCAUAGUGAUUCCGCUCAACCAGUUUCCGAACCUGCACUUGAUGAAGCUGCAAUUCAAGCUGUAGUUUCAAUCUUAAAUGGUCAUAUCAAACAUUUUCUCAAAGAUAAGAAUUUUCGAGAAACACUUCGUCAGAACUGCUUUACUUGCCUUCACUCGAUAAAGCUAGAGGAAGAACCUAAUGCUGACAACAAAGCAAUUAGUAGUCUUGAACAAGCAAUUGCAACAGUAGAAAGAGUUGUCAAGGAGUAUGCAAACGUAAAUGAAUUGAAAAAAGCUUCCUUACAGUUGAGUUUCAUUACGAGUUUAAAAUCAACUGAGUUAGAAGAUGGGUAUACAUCCCGGUUUCCGAAUUCGGAGUUGUCAGCUUGUGCCCAUAUCUAUCUCAGUGUGAUUUAUAAAAUACAAGAGAAAGACCGGAUUUCAGCUAAACAUUUACUUCAAGUUUUUUGUGAUUCACCCUCUCAAGCAAGGAAGGCCCUGUUACCUGGAUUGUGGGAAUAUCUCUUUCUUCCUCAUCUUUCACAUCUCAAUGUAUGGUAUGACAAAGAAGAGAGAUCUUUAGCUGAUACUUCGAGUGCUGAGAAGAAAAAAAAACAACUUCGAAAAGUGUACAACGAAACACUAGAUUCUGGUACUUACCAGUUGGCAACUUACUAUAAGGAUUGGCUUACAGGAAGAAUUAAGACCCCAUUAUUUCCCUGUAUUCAAAUUCCUUCUAUUUCUGUUCGUGGAGUUUCAGGAGGAGGUUCACAUGGAAGUUCAUCACAACUGGGUAGUCCAGUAAGUUCUGUUUCAUCUCAGCCUAUGGUUAGCAAAAGACUAUAUGGAUCUGUGUUUGGCUUUUCGAACAAAAUGGAAGGUGAAUUUGAAGCGGAAGAUAGAGAAGAGCAAGAGAGCUUCAAAAGCUGCUUGACAGUCGUCGAAGUUGUUGCGGAUAAAGAUGGAACAGAAACAUUAUAUUCUCCUGAACACGAAAAGUAUAGCAACCAGCUUGUUGAAGAACUUCCUGCUAAGUUCACAGAUGUAGAUACAACAAGUCAGGCAGAAGACGAAGGACUAUUACCAGCUAUUGCUAAACUUCAGAGAUCCCACAGAACGAGUGCUCCAAGGGAAAAAGAUCCAGAGGACGAAGUAAGUAUUACCUCAACUAGACAAAGACUUCCACACAAAAAGGUGAGCGAACUUAUCCUCAAGAAGCUGGCGGCAUCUGUCUUCCAACAGCAGCAGACUGAGAGCUUUAAUGAUUCCACUACUUACAAGGACAUGCCAAUGAAUGAUUCUCACGAAUAUAUAGGCAACACGAAUUCCUGUUUAGAAGGGCAGUAUAGCCGGUAA